GGGCGUGUAUUUGAACAAAUCCUAAAAGGCAGCCAGGUAAGAGACAGGCAGAGUGAGCGAGUGAGCCCAAAAGGUAGGUAGCAGACAUAAAUAGAGUAGUGAGAUGGGGAGUAUGUUAUUAACAGACGCACUGGGUUCGCUCACUCGAAUACCUUCAACAACCAUUUCUACAAAGCACACUUUCUCUUUACUUGUCAAAAGAACCCCAAUUAAACGAUUCUUUUCUUCUUCAAUUAGGGCCAUGUCCUACGACAAGGAACUCGCUGCUGCUGUCAAGGCUGCAGCUCUGGCUUCUCGCCUCUGUCAGAAGGUGCAAAAGGCAUUGUUGCAAUCAGACGUCCAUUCUAAAUCUGAUAAAAGUCCAGUUACGGUGGCUGAUUAUGGUUCACAAGUUCUAGUCAGUUUUGCUUUGGAGAAAGAAUUACCAGCAAUGGCAUUCUCGCUAGUGGCUGAAGAGGACUCUGGAGACCUCCGCAAGGAAGAAGGAAAAGAAACGCUACAACGAAUAACAGAGCUUGUCAAUGAUACUCUCGCCAGCGAUGGAACAUAUGAUGUGUCUCCCUUAACGGAAGAAAAUGUGCUUAGAGCCAUUGACAACGGCAAGUCUGAAGGAGGUUCUCAUGGACGGCAUUGGGUUUUGGAUCCAAUUGAUGGUACUAAAGGGUUUGUAAGGGGAGAUCAAUAUGCAAUAGCUCUAGGUUUGCUAGAUGAAGGGAAAGUUGUUUUGGGUGUCCUAGCCUGUCCAAAUCUUCCUCUAGGAUCUGUUAACAGCAAAGAUCCGAAUGACAAAGUUGGUUGCCUUUUCUCUGCCCAAAUUGGCGGUGGAACCUAUAUGCAGUCUCUUGAUGGGUCUGCACCUGUAAAGGUCCAUGUAAGUGCUACUGAAAAUCCUGAAGAAGCAUCCUUUUUUGAAUCAUAUGAAGCAGCACACUCUUCCCAUGACUUGUCUAGCUCCAUUGCAAAGAAACUGGGUGUCAAAGCACCACCUGUCAGGAUUGAUAGUCAAGCUAAAUAUGGUGCUCUCUCCAGAGGAGAUGGAGCAAUAUAUCUGCGCUUCCCACAUAAAGGUUACCGUGAAAAAAUUUGGGACCAUGCUGCUGGAUACAGUGUUGUUACAGAAGCUGGAGGGGUUGUAUCAGAUGCUGGAGGGAACCCUCUAGACUUUUCCAAGGGAAGGUAUCUUGAUCUUGACACAGGUAUAAUUGUUACAAACCAGAAAUUGAUGCCUUCUCUCCUCAAGGCAGUCAAAGAAUCUCUAAGCGAGAAUGCUUCGGCUUUGUAAUAAUGUUGAAGCUUUUUCAACGUUGAUAUUGUAAUUUGUAAACACUUGAAACUGGCUACCUUUUUCCAUCCAGUUUUACAAAUUUAAAAAUAAAGCUUUAUUUAAUAAUAUAUUGUUCAGGUGUUUAGCUGA